GAGAUUUAAAGAAAACUUGACAUGGCACGUAAAUAUGGAUUUUGAGACCCACGUGUUAUCAUUGGGAACCUUGUAAGUUGACAUAAAAUGGUUAGUUAUUUAGUAGUAAGCAUAUAUAUAUAGGGCAGUUCGUCAAGUGCAUAAAUCGCGACAGUGCCAUGUCUGCCAAAUCAGCUGAACCGCAAUUCAAUGGCAUAACGCCUGUCCAGCAAAUGCUGGCCUCCUGCUCCGGGGCCAUCCUCACGUCGCUGAUCGUCACACCUCUGGAUGUGGUGAAGAUAAGACUCCAAGUUCAGAAGAAUCCCUUCCCGAAAGGAAAAUGCUUUGUGUACUGUAAUGGCUUGAUGGAUCACAUAUGCGUUUGUGAGAAUGGAAACUCCAAAGCCUGGUACAAAGCACCAGGUCACUUCACUGGGACCCUGGAUGCAUUUGUUAGCAUAAUUCGGAGAGAGGGAGUGAGGUCUUUAUGGAGUGGACUUCCCCCAACAUUGGUCAUGGCAGUACCGGCAACAGUCAUCUACUUCACUUGCUAUGACCAGCUGUGUGCAAUUUUGAGGAGGAGGAUGGGCUCUUAUUCGGGGGAGGUGCCCCUGCUGGCUGGGGCUGUAGCCAGAGUGGGCUCCGUCACGGUGAUCAGCCCGCUGGAGCUGAUCCGGACCAAGAUGCAGUCCCAGAGGCUGUCUUACAGGGAGCUGAGCGCCUGCAUCAGGUCGUCAGUCCAGAAUGACGGGUGGCGCUCUUUCUGGCGUGGCUGGGGACCCACCAUGCUCCGCGAUGUCCCCUUUUCAGCCAUGUACUGGUACAACUACGAGCUGGGGAAGAGCUGGUUGUGCCGGCAGUAUGGCUGCAGGGAGCCCACCUUCACCAUGACCUUCACAGCAGGCGCCACAUCAGGAGCCAUUGCCUCUAUAGCAACGCUGCCCUUUGAUGUGGUGAAAACGCGGCGACAGGUUGAACUUGGAGAACUUGAAGCUUUGAACCUGUCUACAAAAAUUUCUUCCACAACAUACAACGUCAUGAAGAGGGUGGUUGCUGAGAAUGGGGUCCGAGGACUAUUUGCAGGCUGCCUCCCCAGGGUGAUCAAGGUGGCCCCGGCCUGCGCCAUCAUGAUCAGCUCCUACGAGCACGGCAAGAAGUUCUUUCGGCAACGCAAUCGGGAGCGGAAGGAGGCCCCUCUGCACACGAGCUCCUGAGGGCCCUCAAACAUCAAGCGGGAGCUGGAGAGCUGCCUGCUACUCAGGCACCCGAACACAUCGACGGCGGAGGGGUUGACGGCCAAACCCUGGGGGGAUAUUCGGGGCCCCUGCGCUCCCAUUAGGCUGAAGGCGGCGAGGACAGCAGACGGCAGGUGCAGUUUGCACACCCCACGCUUACUUUGACCGGAGGUGCAAAGUUCAGGGCCAGACCAAGGUUUUGUUUCAACCAACCAAAAAUCAACCUGAAUUCUCCACCUCUGCCUGUUAACAUGUUUGUCUGCUUUCACCCUACCUCCCCCCCCCCCCCCUAAAAUCAGGAAUGUUUGUUUUGUGCAGCUGGUUAGGAAUUAUCAGGCUGCGUGUGAUUCUUACCUCUCAUAGUAAAUAAAUCACAUCUUUAUUAGCACUAAUGCAGAACAAAAUAAUUGCACAAGUUUCUGCUUUUUCCUGUUAAUUCUUACUUGAAAUUCUCCCCAGAACCUAUCAGGCAUGUGAGGUCAGUGGUAUUGCUAAGGUGAUUAGCUUGUAUUUACACUAGACGUUCAGGGCAGAAAGUACAAAUCCAGGCCACAAUUUUGUUUCCAUGAUUUUGUUUCAAUCAACCAGUUUAUAAACCAGUGUGUCAGUCACAGAAUAUUCAACUGGUUUGUUGAAUACCAACUGGAUUUGGACUUUCUGGACCUGAACUUUCCACUUCUAGGUAAUAACCAGUCAUCAUGUAUACAAUUUAUGGAAUGAUGAACACAUCUAAUGGUGUAGUAAAUGCUGCGGUCCAUCAAGUCAGUGUCACAGGACUUUCAGAAGCUACUUAUGGUGCGGAUGACCAACUCUGUCACUAUUACACUUGCUGUCCCGUGUCAUUCUCAGAUCUUGAUGGGUUUUAGUGCACCUGUGCUCUGAAUACGUGUGUUUGGCUGUUUUGCGAUAUUUAUUGGGCGAACGGUCUUCGUGUAGUCUUAAAGGCUGCAGACCUGGCCUGACCCCAAAGGAUUGCCAAUCCAUGCAGGUCCAAGAGGCCUUUCUAUUGUACCUGCGAGCAGGCUCUUUACCCUGAACUGCUUGGGUGGAAAUAUCCAGCAGUUUAUCUGUAUGAAGCACCUUUUACUUGGAGAGAUGCCUUAACGAUAGGCCGUGCCGCAGGGGGUGGACACAUGAUGCUGGUAGGUGGCAUCAGGCGCUGUUUUGGCAGAAUCUCUACGGGCCAGUUUUAACCGUGCGCCAACUCCAGCUGUCUAACAGGUCUGGACACUUCUUGUACCUUGUCCAUGUUGCGUGAUCCUGCGUGUCUCUGAGCCGGCCUACUCGCGGGAAUAAACACAGCAGGUUUAUUGCUGUGGUUUCAGAAAGGACAUUAUGUUGAAGUGUUACCGUGGAUCUCUGGAGUGGCAUUUUCAACAUGCCCGCUGGAGAUUUUUCGCUUUUCGUGGGGGACGGACCGGUAGGAAUUCCAUCUUUGUGAAGUGCCAUGUUAAUUGUCUUAGACUGACUGUGCUGACUUUCACUGCAUCUACUCUACUCCUACGCUACUCCCUUUAGCCAGACUGUUAGUUUGUCACUGAUUUUUGAUUGUCAUGCCCUGUUUUAUAUUUCCCCGUAUAUUACAGUUUGGUAUGAUGGUGAGGUACCACAACACAGGCAAAACUGUGGAAAGAGACAGUUUUUAAUAUGAAUUUUCUUUUGAUUUAUUAUUUAAACACUGAUUGGCUGGGCGCUGUUUGGCUUUUUUUUAAUGAAAUGAGUGUGAAAAUUACAUAGCAACGUUUUAUAAAAUUUUAACCUUUGACCAUAGGGAGUAAAUGUGAAUAGAGCAUUUUAGGACACUGUCAAUGUUUUCAUGCAGCAAAUAUUUGUUAUAUAUUGGUUGGUUUUUGUAUCUUGUUUUAGCUUUUUGUCUCAGGCAUCGAUCAGAUAUGUAUGUGACACACAUUGUUACUGUCAACAUUUCAAUAAAUCCAGUCAAGUCGC